AUGAUAUGUUCUCAUCGAAUUGGUUGGAAAUGGAUAUAUUGCCCCAAUGUUGAGGCUUUAGUUCUUAAUGUAUCUUCAUCAGACUAUGCAUUGCCAAGCUUCAUUGCCGGAAUGAAGAAGCUGAAGGUUCUAACUAUCACAAAUCACGGUUUUGUUCCAACAAGAUUAAGCAAUUUCUCGUGUUUGAGCUCAUUACCAAAUUUGAAACGGAUUAGAUUGGAGAAAGUUUCAGUCACUUUGCUAGACAUUCCCCGAUUGCAACUAGGCAGUCUUAAGAAGCUAUCUUCGCUCAUGUGUAGUUUCGGUGAGGUUUUCUAUGGGACUGAAGAAAUAGAUGUCGCUAAAGCCCUAUCGAGUUUACAAGAGAUUGACAUAGACUAUUGCUAUGAUCUUCUUGAGUUACCUUAUUGGGUCUCUGAAGUUGUUUCAUUGAAGACCCUUAGCAUCACAAACUGUGAUAAGCUCUCUAUACUUCCAGAAGCUUUGGGCAACUUGAGUAAACUGGAAAUGUUGAGGUCAUGUUCUUGUAAUAAUCUCACUGAGUUGCCUCAAGAGAUUGGCAAACUAGAGAAGCUGAAAAUGAUCUGGAUGAGGAAUUAUACGGGAUGCAAGUUACCUGAUUCAGUGACGAACCUAGAGAAUUUGGAGGUCAAAUGCGAUGAAGAAACUGGAUUCUUGUGGGAAAGAUUGAAGCCAAAAAUGAUAAAUUUGAGAGUUGUCAAGGAGGAAAUAGACUUAUCGUCAACAUGGGCUUGA